UGCCAUCCAGUCCCACAAGUAAGCCCGUGAGGGUGGCUCUGAGAGUCCACGAGUAUAGCAAUAUCCACACGAGUAUCAUCGCAUUAUGUACCGUUGGGUGUGUGUCACAAUCGGACUCAUGGGGGAGAUAUGUGCCGUUUAAUACGCGAUGUUCGAUCCAAACGAGAUGUGCCAGUGUGUUACGCUAGCGGCGAUACGUAUUGGGACAGUGGCCUCUUCAGAAGCAAUGGACUUGACUUGUAGAGCGAGGUCCCGAUGAUCCUUCAAGAAUACCCCAGUGCCAUACAAGGAAUGAAGAUGUGGAGAUCCUGGCUGGUCAGGCACCUGACACUAGUGAUCAUCUCAUCCCUGAUCGUCAUAGGUGAAGGUUCAGAAGACGAAGAAAGGUUGGUGCGAGAUCUUUUCAGGGGAUAUAACAAGCUGAUACGCCCAGUACAGAAUAUGACAGAGAAAGUAGACGUCAGAUUUGGUUUGGCAUUCGUUCAACUUAUAAAUGUGAACGAGAAGAACCAAAUCAUGAAAUCCAAUGUGUGGUUGAGGCUGGUCUGGACCGACUACCAGCUGCAGUGGGACGAAGCUGACUAUGGUGGCAUCGCAGUACUAAGGCUUCCGCCUGAUAAGGUUUGGAAGCCCGACAUAGUACUCUUCAACAAUGCGGAUGGAAAUUACGAAGUUAGAUAUAAAUCUAACGUCCUGAUAUAUCCGAAUGGAGAAGUACUAUGGGUACCCCCAGCGAUUUACCAAAGUUCGUGUACAAUAGAUGUUACAUAUUUCCCGUUCGACCAACAAACUUGCAUCAUGAAGUUUGGCUCGUGGACUUUCAACGGCGAUCAAGUGUCUCUCGCCCUGUACAAUAAUAAGAAUUUCGUCGAUCUGUCCGAUUAUUGGAAGUCAGGCACGUGGGACAUCAUCGAAGUACCAGCCUAUCUCAACAUUUACGAAGGAAAUCAUCCCACAGAAACAGAUAUUACGUUUUAUAUCAUAAUAAGGCGCAAAACUCUAUUUUAUACGGUCAACUUGAUCCUACCCACUGUCCUAAUUUCGUUCCUCUGCGUCCUGGUGUUCUAUCUUCCCGCAGAAGCUGGUGAGAAGGUAACCCUUGGAAUCAGUAUUUUGCUAUCACUGGUUGUGUUUUUACUACUUGUAUCGAAAAUUCUACCUCCUACAUCGUUGGUAUUACCACUAAUUGCAAAAUAUCUUCUAUUCACGUUCAUCAUGAACACAGUUAGUAUUCUUGUUACUGUUGUGAUAAUUAAUUGGAACUUCAGGGGUCCCAGGACACACAGGAUGCCUUCGUGGAUUCGUUCUGUUUUCUUGAACUAUCUGCCAACGAUGUUGUUCAUGAAGAGGCCAAGAAAAACUCGGCUGAGAUGGAUGAUGGAGAUGCCCGGAAUGGGAGUUCCACCGAAUCCAUACGGUUCACCCACCGAUAUUCCGAAACACAUAAGCUCCAUCGAGUCACAAAGUAAGGUGGACGUUAUGGAGCUGUCGGAUCUGCAUCAUCCCAAUUGCAAGAUAAACAGAAAAAUGAAUUCAGACAUAGGUGUAAGUGUUGGAGCGGAGAGCUGCAGAAGAGAAAGCGAAAGCUCUGAUUCGAUACUGUUGUCACCUGAAGCUUCCAAAGCUACAGAAGCUGUAGAGUUCAUCGCUGAGCAUUUACGGAAUGAAGAUCUCUAUAUCCAAACUCGAGAAGAUUGGAAGUACGUAGCAAUGGUAAUCGACAGACUACAGUUGUACAUGUUUUUUCUAGUAACAACGGCCGGUACAAUCGGUAUAUUAAUGGACGCACCUCAUAUUUUCGAAUACGUUGAUCAAGAUAAAAUAAUAGAAAUCUAUCGCGGUAAGUAGAAAGUCAUCGGCAUCGAUAUUCAAAUCACGUGGCUUCCAAGCGAUAUCGCAAAGGCCUACAAAUACGAUGGCAUAUAGUGACUGUUUGGCGCGUAUACGGACGACUGAACGUGCUAACCGAAAAAAGUUCCGUGUCCGCGAGUGUUUCCAUAUUUUGUUCCUUAAAAUCGCCGAGUGACAAUCGAAGAGGUGUUGAGAAGGUAUCCGAAACGACGAGGGUAAAUGUUGUUGAAGACCUGAAUCCGUAGCUCAAUUCAAGAUGACUCGGGAGCUUCGCAGCCACCUUAUACACUCCCCUACCCCAAAAUCGGAUGACGAAAUCAAAGGCAGCGUCUCUCCUGAGUCGCGGAGUCAUUAACACUGUCUAUAUUUAGAUUAGAGUAGAUUGGUCCAUUCCGACUGAAUGAGACUAGGCAGUGUUAUACUGUAACGUGCUGCAUCGCAUCGCGAACUGGUGCCAAGCGCAUGCGUAAGUGCCUCUUGCACCAGCUUCCCAUACGUCCAUUAACUGACGCCGAAGCCUACAGCUCAAACACCAACCUGUACAUUACAGAACUUCACCAUCAAUUAAUUAAUUUGAUUAAAUUAGGUAUUCUUAAUGUCAUUAGUGUAUUUAGGCCAACAUCGAAAUUCAAUAUUUACUCAUUUACGAGCACUCUUUACUUUUCAGUGAAACAAUACAACAUUGUUUUAACGCGUGCCAAAUUUUCCACAAGCAAACUUGUCUUAUUUUCACUGUUGAUUAAAAUUCAAGCGAUUUGUGCCUUUAUUUUUUCACCAAGCUAAGCACUCACUGAUUCGUGGUUGCAAAUAAAUUGCCAAGUGCCAAGAUUGAACGGAUUAGCACGAAAGUAUAAAUGAUUUGUCAGAUUUUUAUUUCAUUUUAUCAACAAUCACAAGAUGAAACUCAUCAAAAAUCUGAGAAAAUAAUAAUUUUAUGUACCUAUAUACGUUCGAUCUGUAAAAUGUAAUCCAUGUGAUAUGUCUAUCAUAUUAAUCUGUUUGUUGUGCAAUUUUCUUCUAGUAAAAGACUGAAAGGAAUAGACACUGCAAUAAGGCUGUAUCUCCAACAAUUUUUGACAAAUAAGAAACAGUACAUGUUAAACGCAUAUGUUGUUAGAUAUCUUCUCAAGAAUAUCGUUUGUUGAAUAAUUCAACUCAAUGUUCAGCUUACUCAGGGUAUCAACAGAUGAAAGUGGUUGAAGCUCUUCUAUGUAUGAGUGCUUAAAUGAUCAUAUUGAUCUGGUUAGAUCUCAAUAAUUAUUGUUCAGGUUUCAUAAAAAUAUUUGCCUUUUUCCAGGAUUUCUGGGUCUUCCAUUUUUGUAGGUAUAUCUGUGUUACUUAAAUUUUGUCUCAAUUUUUCUAAAGGUGCGUUUCUCAGAUUUUUGAUGGAGACUUGGUUUUAUGAAUAAUUUGCAGAGUAGAUAUGUUUGUGAUUAUGGUAGUAGUGAUAUGAUAUUUGUUCGUUGCUCAAUAUAUUGUAUAAUUUCAGUUGAUUACAGAAACUGAGAUAUCAAAUUGUAACUCCAUGUAAACAUGAAUUCAAGAAAAAAGUUUAACUCUGCUCGGUUUCACACAGGACACAAUACAAUUUCCAACAAUAUACGUACAUUUAUGUCAGUGAUAACUUUGCAUCCAAAAAAUUUUCAUUCUAAAGCCAAAUCAAGAGUGGUCAGCUAACCAACUUCAAUUCAAUAAGAUCAAGAUUAUACUCUUGCACAGAUUUAAAAUUAUUGAGAAGAAUAUUCCUUCCUUUUUGAGAAAUGCUUACAGAAACACUUGAAAUAACUUCACAAUUCAAGCAUGAUAUAAACGAUACUAGUCUUUCUGAAACAAAUUAAUUUACUAGAUAACUCAUAUGGUUCAUCACCCUACCAUUUUUUUAGGGAAUUGACCAACUAUUUAUGCAGCCAUAAUAAAAUGUUUUUUUUAUUUCACCCUCAUGAUUUAUUUCUGUCCUGAAUUCUGUAACAUAUCAAAUGAUUUUUUCCAAAUUCAAAAAAUAUUCAUGCCAAUUAGAUUCGUGCACCUCAUGAAGUAUUAGAUGAAAACUACAAAUUCUAUCUACAAGAAUGAAAUUACACUUCUAUCGUGAUUUAUGGAUUUAAAUACCACGUCUAAAAAUUUCGAAGAUCAAAUCAAUUAUUUAUCAUUAUUUCUUGAGAAUCUAUUUUUCGUAUUGUAUUUCAAUAAAACUUUGUAAUCGAUGAGGUACCUUCUACCUCACAGUUACACACCUUAAAGUUUAAAUGGCCUAAUUUCUUUUCAUUGGAUGUUAUAUCGAGGUACAGUAAUCAAGAUAUUGCUCAAACACAUGAAUGUGUGCAAUCAUUAGUGAAUAUUUCAUAACACAGGUAAUUUAACUAAUAUAAAUAUGUACAGUAACAUUGAUCACUAUAGGCACGUUCACAUUAUAUAUAAUAUAGAUUGUCAUAAGGCAGCAGCAAUUCACACAUCUCAAAAUUCAGUUUCACAAUACUGUGUGUAUCAAAAUUUCUUAGAAACUUAUAUUAGUGUAAAUUACAAAAGGUCUUCCACUAUAUUACUAUUGUUGAACUUUCGCGAGUUCAGUUUCUAGGGGUUAUUAAUUUGCAUCAGCAGUUCUCCAGUUGUUUGAUAGCCAACGUGCUAAUAGUUAUCACUUGUAAUAUAACGUUGUUAUAAAUAGUUCUAACAUAAGAAAACAUACCGUAUAGCACUGCCUACCCGUGUUUCGGCACAAAUUGCUUGGAACACCUAUUGACUAUUAAACAAUAAUCAUUUACUUGUUAUAAUGUUAAUGUAAUAUGAAAAGAAGAGGCAUUUACAAUAAAAUACGCAUAAUAAAUUGUUA